AUGAAAUCUGUAUCCUCCAAACGAUCCCAAUACAUUUCAAGACGAGUUGUGGAACAAAAAGAAGAGGGAAUCGAUGGGACAUUUUUGGAGAUUGUGAUGGGUGAAAUCAAUAAAGAGACAACGAGAAUGAGAUACCUACAAUGGGUAAUGGUUAUUUGCUUCGUACUUCUCGCCAUCUCUACCAAUGAGUCUCUCGCAUGUAUCGGAGGAGGCGGUGGUUGCUGCAUGACUUCUGGAUGUCCUAACCCAUGUGCGGGAUUCGGAAAGAAAUAA